CAGGGGCCUGGGACUGCGGCUGGCCGCGGUCUCGUGGGCAGAGCCGGCAGCAUGGACAGCCUCUUCGUGGAGGAGGUGGCCGCCUCCCUAGUCAGGGAGUUCCUCAGCAGAAAGGGUUUAAAGAAGACGUGUGUGACCAUGGACCAGGAACGCCCACGCUCUGACCUCAGCAUAAACAGCAGAAAUGAUCUCCGUAAGGUUUUGCAUCUUGAGUUUCUCUACAAGGAGAACAAGGCAAAGGAAAAUCCUCUAAAAACAAAUCUUGAACUCAUUACCAGAUAUUUUCUGGAUCAUUUUGAAAACACUGCUAAUAAUUUCACUCAAGGAACAGCAAUCCCUGCACUAUCAAUUCCAAAGAAAAAUAACAAGUUGCCAGGGAGGUGCUCAGAGACCACACUGGUAAAUAUAUACAACCUUGCAAAUGAAGAUGCAGGAUGGAGAACAUCAUUACCAGAAACAAACAAAUCCAGACCUGACAAUCUUGAUGGGGAUGUACUUGGUAAUUUUAUAUCAUCUAAAAGAGCCCCCCACAAAAAUAAGCCCAUGCAGAAUGUCCUGGAUGAAAGUUCCCCCUGGGCCCCUGCGUGGGAGAAGAUGGACAGGCUUCAGUCAUCUGAGCUUUCCUUGGACACGAAAAAGAUGGGAGAGAAGAUCAGGCCCAAGUCUGGCCUGAUUGUCCGAGGCAUGAUGGCUGGGCCCAUUGCCAGCUCCCCACAGGAUUCCCUCCGCAAGCGCUCUCUGAGGCGGUCCUCGGCCUUGAGCAACAUCACCCAGCCUCAUGAGGAAGAGAGCCAGAAAGUGCCUGAGCUUUCCGCCUGCACUCAGGCCUGCCCUGCUCCCCAGGAAGGCCUGGCUUUGAGCAAUGGCUCCAUUCCCAGGAGCCCCCUGGACCAGCACAGCGAGCUGUCUUCAGACAAGCAGAGAACCACUCCCGGAAGCCCUUCUCACUUGCCAAGCAAAGGGCUGCCCCACAGGGAGAGGGGCUGGUGGAGAGACCUCUCAGAAGAUAGCCCAGCAGUGGACGGAACCCCAGAGGCCAACAGGCCCUCCUUGAAUUUCUACUUGCCUGGUGGGAAUGCCAGGUCUACCCAGGAGAGGCUGGAAAGGGCCUUCAAGCGGCAGGGGAGCCAGCCCCCACCCGUCAGGAAAAACCAGUUGCCAGUGUCCAACAAGGCCGAUGGGGAGCUGGGUGCCCUGCAGCUUGAGGAUGUGGAGGAUGAGUUGAUCAGGGAAGAAGUCAUCCUCCUGUCUCCAGCCCCAUCUAUGCUCAAGUUGCAGAUAGUGUCAAAGCCAAUCGACUUCUCAGUGGCAAAGGACAUAAAGAACCUUCUGUUUGGUUCCAGCUUUUGUUGUUUCAAUGAAGAAUGGAAACUUCAGAGCUUUUCCUUUAAUGACAAAGCCUCAUUAAAGUAUGGCAUUGUGCAGAACAAGGGUGGCCCCUGUGGGGUUCUGGCAGCUGUCCAAGGCUGUGUCCUACAAAAACUCCUGUUUGAAGGCGAUGGCAGAGCUGACUGUGUUCGGCAGCUGCAACCUUCAAACGCCCACAGGAGCCACUGCCUCGCCCUGGCCAUUGCGGACAUCGUGUGGAGAGCUGGCGGCCGCGAGAGAGCCGUAGUCACACUGGCUUCGGGAACGCAGCAGUUCAGUCCAACAGGGAAAUACAAAGCAGAUGGAGUCUUAGAAACACUCAUACUCCACAAUUUGACCUGCUACGAGGAUCUGGUGACUUUUCUUCAACAGAGCGUCCACCAGUUCGAAGUGGGUCCCUAUGGCUGUAUCCUGCUCACUCUGUCUGCCAUCCUGUCCAGGUCCACGGAACUUGUCCGCCAGGACUUCGAUGUGCCCACCAACCACCUGAUUGGAGCCCACGGAUACUGCACGCAGGAACUUGUCAAUCUGCUCCUAACCGGGAGAGCCGUGUCCAAUGUUUUCAAUGACGUGGUUGAGCUCGAUUCUGGGAACGGGAACAUCACGCUCCUCAAAGGCAUCUCGGCACGCAGCGACAUCGGCUUCUUGUCUCUCUUUGAGCACUACAACGUGUGCCAGGUCGGCUGCUUCCUGAAGACGCCGAGGUUCCCCAUCUGGGUUGUGUGCAGCGAGAGCCACUUCAGCGUCCUCUUCAGCCUGCAGCCGGAGCUCCUGCGAGACUGGCGGACCGAGAGGCUCUUCGACCUGUACUACUAUGACGGCCUGGCCAACCAGCAGGAGCAGAUCCGGCUGACCGUGGACACUACCCAGACAGCCCCUGAAGACAAUGACAAUGACCUUGUCCCACCUCUGGAACUCUGCAUCAGGACUAAGUGGAAGGGGGCAUCAGUGAACUGGAACGGCUCAGACCCCAUCCUGUGACCCUUCCUGUGGGUAAGCCCUGUGGCUCCACCACUCAUCAUGCGGUGACAGCUGAGCCCCAGGCCUCAGGGACAAAUCUCCGGGAAGAGCGUCACCCUGACCUGGGCCAGAACUGUUGCAGAAGUAUCCAGAACCUCUCUGCCCCUUCUAUGAAGGGUCCACCCAGGACUGUGAUGAGGGCACUGGCUACUACCGAGUCACUCACUCCUGGUGGAGCUGUGACUGCCAGGGCCUGGCGGGAGACCUCUGGCCUCUGCCACCUCGGGUCUGGGUCCCGCCCUCUGUCCUCAAAGCGCCAUCCCUCGCUAAACGUCUGAUAUGGUUGGUCCGGUGACCCUGGGGGUGGCCAGGGAACUCCGAUACGGUCGGCCAGGAAAUCCUUAUUUCUGGUAGUUGGAUUUCUAUAAAGCAGGAUUC